AUUUUUUCCAUGUGCGCAAGUGCUCGCAAAUCACUCAUCUGAAGGAAAACAAUGUUUGAAAUUACGUAAAAACGUUGUAUUCGAUCAAAAGCUUAUCUUACCGUGAAAACUUGACGAAAACGUUAGAUAAAAACUUGGAGAUGUCUAAGCGAUAUUCGGACCGUCGAAGUUCACGACGACGUAUCAGGCAAAGCUUUCAGAGUGAAAUUUCUGGCGUACUCGAUUCCGAUUCAAACGUCGACAUUGACGAUGAAGGUAAUCCAUUGUGGUUUCGAGAAUUGGAAAAUAAUUCCGUAAGCAUACGUCCAUCAAAGCGCUUCAGUGCAAUUCAAAAUGAGGCAACGACACUUGAUUCAAAUUCUGAGCCCGAUUUAACACCGCUGCGAAAGUCCUGGUGGAAGGAUCUCGAUAACACACCAGAUAUUCUACCCCAUAAGCGCGUUCAAUCUACCGCUGCCAGGAAUAAAAGCCAUGUGUCGAAAAACCAUGUGCCAGAUUCAGACAUCUCGAAUGUUUCAUCCAUAGACGAAAGUCUGAUUAAGCAGAAGUCUAGACUGCGUCAUAAUAAGCGAGAGAGCUUACAGAAGAAUGUUUUUUCUGAUGUACUAGAAUCAUCAAAAGUAUCAAUUAGUUCUGAAAAGGGUGAUCGGUCCACUCAGGACAGAGAUAAGCAAGACACAAGUGUCUCCCCAUCGACUUCUGAUACUAGUAAAAGUAUAGAAAAGGUCCGGAAGCUGCCGUUCAAAAAAAGAAGACAAGUUACGCCAAUAGGAGUGUCUGAGAACCUUAAUGAAAAUCCUGAAAACAAUUUGCCCAAUGUUUUUGAAAAUGUAUUAGAAGAAUCGCAUUCGAUUAGUAGCUCACCUCAUGAAAAUAUAGUGGCCCAUCACAGUAAUCUGUCUAUUAACAGUGCAGAAACAUUGAAAUUAAAACGUCCAUCGUCACAGAACCGCAAUGAGUUACAGAACAAUUCAUCAACAGAUGUCAGCUCGCGGGUUUUGGAAUCUCCACAAGCAAAAUCACCCCGUAAGAAGCGAACCAUCUUUACAGCAACUAGGAAGAGAAAAAUACCGAAUUUUUCUGAAUUAUUGACUGAUGAAAGUGAAGACGAACAGCUAGGUGACCAGUCUUCAAAUGAAGAUGUGGUGAACUCAAAUCAGAAGGAAACAAUUACAGAUAUCAGUUCGCGAGUUUCAGAAUCUCCAAAAGCAAAAUCACCCCGUAAGAAGCGUACCACCUUUACAGCAACUAGGAAGAGAAAAACACCAAAUUUUUCUGAACUAUUAAAUGAUAAAAGUGAAGACGAACAACUGGGUGAUCAGUCUUCGAAUGAAGGGGUGGUGAAGUCAAUUCAGAAGGAAACAAUUACAGAUAUCAGUUCGCAGACUUCGAAAUCUCCACAAGCAAAAUCACCCCGUAAGAAGCGUACCAUCUUUACAGCAACUAGGAAGAGAAAAACACUGAAUUUUUCUGAAUUGUUAAACGAUGAAAGUGAAGACGAACAGCUGAGUGAUCGGUCUUCAAAUAAAGGGGUAGUGAAGUCAAAUCAAAAUGAAGUAAUUACUGAAUCUGGCACUCAGCCAUCUCAAAUCAUAGGUUCACAAAGCAACAUUCUGGCACCACAAAGGGAUUUACAUUCAGAAGACAGUAUCGAGAAAUCACGGGGGACUUUUCUUCGUAAAAAGCGAAAAAGUAAUCAGGAACAAGUGUUUGCACAAGCCUUGGAAUCUUCCAGUUCUCCUGUUUACUCUGAGACCCCUGAACGUGAAAAAAUUGAUACUCAUACACGUUCGAGGUACGAAUCAGAAAAGUCUGAUUUUGAGAGACAAUCCAUGACUAGAAACUACGAUGAAGACACGCCAGUACGUCCAUCACCAAGAUUACCAAUCCGUCAAUCUAGAAGCAAAAGCAACGCUGACCCAGAAGAAUUUGCUAGCCAGUCACGUGCUGCAAGUAACAGGAAUUCUCUAUACGAUCAUGAAAUAACAGAGGAGCGAUCCAACAUUAGAUUAAUGAUAACUUCUGAUGAAGAGGAAGAUCGUGAAGAUAUUACUAGAGAUGAAGUUAUCUCCAAGAGUUCUGUCAGUCUUACAAAAGUAGUCACACGUAGUUCAUCAAAGCUGCCUGAGGUGCGUUCUUUUGAAGAAAUUUCUGGAAAUGACGAAUUUCAGCCUAGUGUGAACACUAGUUGGAAAGAGAUACAGAACGUAGGGGAAGUUUCUAAAUCAUUGCCGAAAAUCAAUGGCGAUACGACAAGAAAAAGUAAGGGACUAUUCUCCAGCAACAAAAAUAAAAGCAGCUCUGAAAGGAACUUUGGAGCCACUAGCGCUGCUCAAGAUGUUAUAGAAAAAAACACAGGCUCUGAUUCUCACAAUGAAAGAGAAUCAACUCAGCAUCUUGAUUUGUCACAGAGAGCGCAACUGAGUACUCAAACAGAUCCUGAAAAAGCGGCUCGCCUAAAAGGUGCACUUGAACAAUUGAAGAAGAAAUUUGGUUUGCCACAGAACAGUGGAAUUGAAUCCUACUUUAUAAAGACUGCAAAGCCGAGGGCUGCUGUUACUAAUUCAGAAAAAUUGGCAAGCCAGAAGAAUCCUGUCAGAAACCAGCGUAAAACACCAUUAGUGGAACCUAACAAAGCUUAUAUUGUGGAUGGAAAAGUAUAUAAAAGACCAAAGCUUCCAAGACCCAAACUAUGGGCUACCAAUCACUUGUAUAAAUUUUUGUGGAAACAAAUGGAACCAAAAUACAAACUCAAAGCCAGGAUUCGGUCUGAAAAGUUUAUUACUUUAUUAAGUGACGUUGUAUCACUGGUAAUCAGACGUAAAAAAUAUGAAAACUAUAAGGAAAAUGUACAGGAUUUAAUAAAAGAAAUGGCUCAUCUGGGAAUAAUAAAAACUAGAAACGAUUUCUAUAAAUUCUGUCAAGAUUUUCUUCCUUACGACUUUCGCAUAAAAGUGGUCCCAAUGGUACUACCAGGAAAUAUUAGAAAUGUUCCAUUCCAUCCAGAAGAACUCCACACGCCAAUUUUGUAACUUUAACUACAAUAUUACAGAUCUACACCAGAGUAUCCAGUAAGCUACAUUUAAUACAUUGAAAGACUAUUAUGUAUUAUAUACCAUAAUUGAUACGGAAUUUGCCUAAACCUCUACUGCUGAAACAAGUGAUUACUUUCAGGUUUAAAAUCAAAUCAAAACGUUGAGUAUAUAUGUAUUCAAUAUUUCA